GCUGUACUUGACCUGACUUUGGGAAAGAGCAGUUUGCGGAGGGUAGAGAUCUGGGUUCCUCCCCCUGCACGUGCCAUUGGGAAGGUGCCUGUUGUGAAGGUGAUGUUAGGCCACUGCCUGAGGAAGACCAUGGCACGGGAGCUGUCCUGUGCGCCCCAUUUCAUCAUUUAAAGGAAGAUCCAACCCCUCUGUGGAAUUUCUAAACAUCUUUUACUGGUGGAAAUAUUUUCUAUGCCAUGAAGUCAACAACUUAAUUUAAACCAGCACCUGUGUGGUUCUGAUUCAUCUGCUAUGGUUCAUGAAGUUUGAGGUCUGAGGAGUACAGGGUCCUUUGCAAUGACAAUAUGACUAACAGUAAAGGGAAAUCUAUUACCAGUAAAACAAGCAGAGGUCUGAGUAGUGGAAGAGGUUUUAUAGAUUGGACUUUCAACUUAAAUACAGUUCAAUCUGAUAAGUUUUUAAACUUGCUGUUGAGUAUGGUUCCAGUAAUUUAUCAGAAAAACCAGGAAGACAGGCACAAAAAAUCCAAUGGCAUCUGGCAGGAUGGAUUAUCAACUGCAGCACAGACUUUCAGUAAUCGAUCUGAGCAGCACAUAGAGUAUCACAGUUUCUCCGAGCAGUCUUUUCACGGCAACAAUGGGCACGCAUCAUCAAGCUGUAGCCAAAAGUACGAUGACUAUGCUAACUAUAAUUACUGUGAUGGAAGGGAAACUUCCGAAACCACUGCCAUGUUACAAGAUGAAGAUGUAUCUAGUGAUGGUGAUGAAGAUGUCAUUGUGGAAACAAACCAGAAAUUACCAAAGGAAUCCAGUGGCAUCAUGGCACUGCAAAUACUUGUACCAUUUUUGCUGGCUGGUUUUGGAACCGUUUCAGCUGGCAUGGUUUUGGAUAUAGUACAGCACUGGGAGGUGUUCAAAAAAGUUACAGAAGUUUUCAUUUUAGUUCCUGCACUUCUCGGUCUCAAAGGAAACUUGGAAAUGACAUUGGCGUCUAGGUUAUCUACUGCAGUAAAUAUUGGAAAGAUGGAUUCACCCAUUGAAAAGUGGAAUCUAAUAAUUGGCAACUUGGCUUUAAAACAGGUUCAGGCAACAGUAGUUGGUUUUCUGGCAGCUGUGGCAGCAAUCAUCCUGGGCUGGAUUCCAGAAGGAAAGUACUACCUUGAUCAUUCCAUACUUCUGUGCUCCAGCAGUGUAGCAACUGCCUUCAUUGCGUCUCUUCUGCAGGGAAUAAUAAUGGUUGGAGUUAUCGUUGGUUCAAAGAAGACUGGUAUAAAUCCUGAUAAUGUUGCUACGCCCAUUGCUGCUAGUUUUGGUGACCUUAUAACUCUUGCCAUAUUGGCUUGGAUAAGUCAGGGUUUGUACUCUUGUCUCGAGACCUAUUACUACAUUUCUCCAUUAGUUGGUGUCUUUUUCUUGGCUCUAACUCCAAUCUGGAUUAUAAUAGCUGCCAAACAUCCAGCCACAAGAACAGUUCUCCACUCAGGCUGGGAGCCCGUCAUAACAGCUAUGGUUAUUAGUAGCAUUGGGGGCCUUAUUCUGGAUACAACUGUAUCUGACCCAAACUUGGUUGGGAUUGUUGUUUACACACCAGUUAUUAAUGGUAUUGGUGGUAAUUUGGUAGCCAUUCAGGCUAGCAGGAUUUCGACCUACCUCCACUUACAUAGCAUUCCGGGAGAACUGCCUGAUGAACCCAAAGGCUGUUAUUACCCAUUUAGAACUUUUUUUGGUCCAGGAGUAAAUAAUAAGUCUGCCCAAGUUCUACUGCUUUUAGUGAUUCCUGGACAUUUAAUUUUCCUCUACACUAUACACUUGAUGAAGAGUGGCCAUACUUCUUUAACUAUAAUCUUCAUAGUAGUGUACUUAUUUGCUGCUGUGUUACAGGUGUUCACUUUGCUGUGGAUUGCUGACUGGAUGGUCCAUCACUUCUGGAGGAAAGGAAAGGACCCGGAUAGUUUCUCCAUCCCCUAUCUGACGGCACUGGGUGACCUGCUCGGGACAGCUCUAUUAGCCUUAAGUUUUCAUUUUCUCUGGCUUAUUGGAGAUCGAGAUGGAGAUGUUGGAGACUAAUCAACCCCGCAGCCCGCUCCCAAGUCACCAAGGACGACCCGAGACAACCACUUACGGCUCUUUUCCAAAACUCUCCAAUCAGUAGUUUGACUCUCACCAGGGUGAUCAGCAGUUGGCCCUGAUUUGAUUAAAUGGCCUUAACAUUUUUUUAAGGAAUUUGUGUUAAAACCAGAAUGAACCUUAUUUGUGCUGCUUUUUGUAGAAUAAACGAUAAUUUGACAAAGACUUAGAUAUAACCUCAAGCUCUGAAGUUAAAUAAAUAGGAAAGCAUAUAGGAUGUUUACAGUGAAUAAUUUUGAAACCACAAACCACAGAAAAGUACUGUAUUAUUCUGUAACUUGUCACACAAGCUUUGAGGGAGCAGAGCUCUAGUUCAGCCUUUUCUGUCUCACGGAUACAUCGUACUGCAAGGCACACUGCAGGAUGAAGGGUGCCCAGCCACGCCUUUAAUGCCCACCUCUGUGUUAGCACCAAUUGCUUAUUCCUAAACUGACCUAAAUAUGUCUCAUAGAAUGAUCUUGAGAGAGGUUUAAUGAAAGCAGUGAGUCAUUUCUUGAUCAUUGAUUUAUUGAAUUAAUUAAGAAAACUUAAUAGUGGAAAACAGAAUAUAACCUGGGCUGCAUUUGUACAGAGAGGAUGUUAUGAGAACUAUGUGUGUGUGUGUGAGAGAGAGAGAGAGAGAAAAGAAGAGAGAGGCGAUAGGAAAGAGUAAAGAGAGAGACACUUUCGAUGGAAAACUAGAUCUUGGAUUGUUGAUAGCAAAGAUCAUAGUGCUAUCAUAUUGGCACUAUAAGGUUGUUCUUAAACACAUUGUAUUGAUACGCAUUUGUCAUUUGGUCCAAAUAUUUUGCUACACACCAGAAUUUAAUAUUCGUUGCCUACAUUAUAGCAGUCUCCUUUUAUUAAAAAAGCUAUACUAUUCAAUAUAAUUAAGGUAUAAGAUGAAGAAUGAGCAAGUGAUUCGUUUUCUCUUUUUUAAAAGCUCAUUACUUACCCCUUUAAAAGAGAAGUUGGUCGGUUACCACAGUUACUAUUCAAACCUAUACAUAUUAAUUUGCACAGGCUUAUUUCUACAUGGGACUCCAUCACAUACACUGCUAUAAUUCUCAUAUUUUUCUAAAACUCUGGACAGUAUUCUAAAUACUUGACCCACAGUUAUUCAACAGGUAGGCAUUUUUAUAUCACAUGUAGUUCAUUUUGUAAAAUAGAGUACAACCUCUCAAGACCGUUAGCUAUUUAAUAAUUUAAGCUGAGAGGGGAAUUUAAAUGCACAUUAACUUUGAUCAUCAUAGUUUAAAUUGUGAAUUAGUGUUAUUAUAUAAAUGGUAGGUUGUUUAUAAAUAUACUGGGGGAAGUAUUCUUGUUAAGCGCUCUUAAAUAAGGGAGCUGUGGUUUAGAGUUAUAUAUUUUUUAUUAUUUUUAAACUUUAAUUAUUCUAUUCUUCUGCCUUCUAAUGAAGCUUUUAAGGCAGAGAACUGAACUAAUUAUAGAAUGUCUCCUUUGGAGAGUUAUAAUGUCACAUAGUGAACAUUCUUGUAAAAGAAAGAAUGAUUAAGUUGAUGAAUAUUUAACUGCAAAGAUUUUUUUCAUUUUAGAAAAAUCCAUGAACAAUAUCUAUGAUUUUAUUGCAAAGCAUUUGUAAAUUACUUAUUAACAUUUGGGCUGUGUGAUUCAUAAGCAUUUACAUUUCCUGUGGUUUCUAUUUUGAUUUUAAAAAAUGCACAGCAAGCUACAUUUUUAAAGCAUUAACCAACAACUUUAGUCUGGUGUAUUACAUAUUCCAAAUCACAUUCAAAUAUCAUGUCAUAUUCACCACCGUACCUGUGAAAUGAGUCAGAUGGAUGUUCCUAUUUUACAGCAGAGGAAAGUAAAACUCAGAGAAGUUACAUUUUUAAGGUUGCACAGCUGCAAAGUGACCAAAUCGUGAUGUCCCUGACGUCAACGUCUUCCAUCUCCUAGAGCCGUAUUCAUCUUAGGACACAUCUAUGACCCUCAGAUGUACCAUGAAUACCUACAUAAUUAACUAAGAGGAAGCCAACUGGAGAAACAGAAUUGGCUAAGGUAGAAGAGAGUAUUGCUACGUCCUUUAGAUUUUGGACAGGGAAGUCUCCACUUAAUAUAUGUUGAUGGUGAGUAUUUUCAACUGUAAAUUAUUCAUGUUCCUAAGACCAACCAAAAUACAAAUAAAUAAAAGUUUUGAAAUAAAGACCAAGGCCUUAGUUCAUCGAACAUGUAACUGUCAUACCCUUCCCAGUCCCAGCCAUGUGUCGUAGAUGCUAAUAAACAACUAGAACGAUGGAUUGGAGUUCUCUCCCCCUCUUCUUUUGCCACCCAACCUUGGUUAAAGCAACCAAGUGUUGCAUGUAAUAGUGAGGAAAAUGGAAACACCAGUCACCAUUAAUUAUACCAAUGAAUUCAUUAUAUGAGGAAGGUAGAUUCCUGGAAAGAGCUGAAACGAAUAUUUGAGGAAUGAGGGUGGGGAAUAUAGGUAUACCUGGCCCAAAUCAUUUGGGUCAUAAGUACCUUUUCUUCCAGGUUAAUCUACAAAUCAGUCUAUUUCUCCCCAUCCAUUUAUACUCCCUAGCAACCAACCAUUUAGGUGCAAUAUGCCUCAAUUUCCUUCCUUCAAAAGGCCUGUAUAAAGAUAGCGGAACUCCACUGGAAAAUUGGGCUGUCACUCUGUGAUUUCUCCUUGUGCACAGUAAAAUAAACCCUUUCUCUUAUUAAAAAAAAUGAUAAGCUUUCACAUAAGUAUGCAACUGAUCAGAUAACUUCUCUUAUUUACCCAUAAAAAUCAUUUAUCAGUCUUAUGUAAUACAAACUCCCAGUAUUUAUUUUUGCACGACAUAGAAACUCCUGUGUUCCAAACUUGUUCCUCUCACUGAUUCAUCUGACACUUUAUUUCGACCCAGGUGCCACUUUAAAUAACAUGUUUUUCCUUCUUGUCCACCCAUCUUUUUCAUUUCUUUCAAAAAGAAACUUUCUCAGAAAGUGAUAAAAAUGGGAACUUAUGGCCGUGUUUCUUCUGGGAGACAUCAAAAGCUCCACACCACGGACUAUCAAUGAUGUAGCCAAACAAAGUACAUUUUUAAAAGUCUCCCUUGCCUUAAAAUGUACCUGUGGUAUCGUGUACCCAUUUACAACAGGCUUGUGCCAUCCUCAAAUUGUAAACUCACACAAGUAUAAAAUUUAAGUAGUUACCAGCUCUGUUGUGCUUACUUCUCAAUGAAUUAAAGAACAUAAACGCUGUGUGGAAAUCUCCCAGAAGAGACUGGGGUAAUUUAUGUAUAUAUGCUGUAUUUAUGAAGUAUAAUAAAUUGGGAUUUGACC